UACUGAAAAAAAGACAAGCAACUAACAAUGACCAAAGCUAUCAUACCUCCUUCUAUUGGUGAGGACUUGUGUUGAAGAGCUCUUUUUAUAUUCAGUGCAAUAGACAUGAUUCAAUGGUCAGGAGUUUUAUGUACCCUACUAUUGGUGACAACAUAUGGAGUUGUUAGAUCCCUUAAGUGCCCCACUACAGCGAGUGAGUGGGAUAGGGCGUCACGUGGACUUCAGUGUCAGGAACCUAAUUACUAUCAUUGUCUGAGGGACGAGUCCGGAGUAAACACAGAACAAUGUCUACCCCGAGUCUGGAUACAGCCACAAAUGUGUCCAGAAUUCAACUCUCGGGUGUCCAGAGUCGAUGUGUACCAGUGUACUGUGACCAACUGUCCCACAUCUCUGUAUUGGUCCAAUGCUGUGUUCAUGUACCCCAUUUGUUUUGAAAAUGGAUCAACAAUUUCACCUACAAAGCAAGGGUCAACAGUAGCUACAACAGUAUUGGAAGAGACUUCCAUGUUUGAUACUAUGACAGAUUCAGUGGCGUUUAAAGGAGACAAGUCUGCUACUGAUAAAUCUCUCCCUGUAGCCACCAUUGUAGGAAUCAUUGUAGGUGUCAUAUGUGUGGGCAUGGUCGGAGCUCUCAUAAUCCUGAUGUAUUUAAAAAGAAGAUACAAAAAAGGAGACAAUGAAGGACAUGCAGAUGGAAAUGUAAGAAGUGAAGACAACAAACUGUCUGGUAAUGAAAAUUUCACAAAAUCCAAGGAAUCCAUAAAAGAUGGAUAUCAAGUUUAUGUUGUUGGAAAUUGGAAACCAAAAGAGCAGACCAGUGUUCAAGAACAAGGACAUGCAGAUGGAAAUGUAAGAAGUGAAGACAACAAACUGUCUGAAAAAGUUAAAAAUGAAAAUGAAAUCAAUAAUACCAGUGAACUAUUGGUAUAUGUUGUUGAAAGUCAGAAACCAAAAGAUCAGACAAGCGUUCCAAAAGAUGAAAAUUCUGUGCGAGUUCUGGUGUUAGUGUUAAAUAAACCAAUCAACAAGAUGGAGAUGGACUCAAAAGCCAAGGAAACGUUUGGACCAAAAUAUCAUUAUUGCUGGACUCUUUCUUAUUAUCAGAAUCACAAACAAAAGGAAAAUGUUUCUUUAUUCCCACAAAACUUUGACUUUCAAACUGUAAGGGUAAAGGAAAUCUUUGAGAUGAUACGUGAUGUUGUUACUAAGAAUGAGGUGGAUAUCAACUUUGUUAUAACAAUGCCAUGGAGUGUAUGGUCUGCACAGAGAGAUGAACUUUCUCCUUUUCUUGAUGAAAAUAAAAAUCAAAUUUAUUUUAAACGUGAAUAUUGGUAAUAUAUGCCCAAACAAUGAGAAAAAUAAAGGAAGAGAAAGAGAAACUAUCGAUAGAAGCAGUUCUUUACAGUGAUUUGAUACGUCAAUAGAGCAGUGAGACAAUUUCAGUCCUACCAUAUGCAUGGCAUCAUGAUCAUGGAUCAUGGCACCUGAUCCCACCUCUGAUGUUUGGAGGUCCGUGUUUGCUCUGCUCCUAUUUUGUAUUGUUUGAUGAACUUUUGAGCUUGAAUACUGUUCGUUAUCUCCAUAUAUUUCAUUGUAUAGAUGAUGAUGAUAUAAGGAUUUUUAUUUUUAAAUCAUACUUUGAUGCAUGUAACAAUUUCUUAUAUAAUAUAAAGAAUAAAGACAUACAAAUAGGUAGGAGAGUACCUAUAGGAAUCUCAAUUUACAUAAGGAAUUUUUCUUUUAAUAAGUGAUUUGUAUAAAUGAUGUAUGCUCUCAAACACUGCCUGGAAUUUUAUGUACUUCAUAUGGUUUUAUAUUUUGUUUGAUUUUAAUAGUUGAAAAUCUCUAUGAAGGCUUUUACAUUUUUAUUUUACUUUUUUAAAAAGAAUUAGUAAGAUAUUAUGUGUCUUUUGAAAAAUAUUAGUACCUCAAUAAG